CCGUACAUCGGCGCGCCAUUCGAAAAAUAGACGAAAAUGGCGUGGUGGAGACGUUUACUACAUUGAAAAAUCCAUUUACGAUUCAUAUAUUCGAUGGAUUUGCAGAUAUAAUGAUAGUUUUGGAUUAUGUGCUCAUUUUAGGGAGCGUCAUAGUCGUUUCAUGUUUUAUUUGGAUAUCCUUCGCCAUGAAUUCAUCUCCGUCCACGGCGGAACUUCAGGCACCUGACAAGGGCCAUAGUCCCAGUCGCAGGAAUCGACGUGGUCGAAAAUUAAGACAAACUCCCCCGGCCUCAUCGGCACCGCAAGAGAGUCAAAGUACCAACGUGAGGCACAGACGAACUCGACUCGCUGACAGCAAUGAUACCGUCGAAAUGCACAUUGAUGAUCCUCCUCUUCCAGAAGAAAAUAUGGAUAUUGAUGAUGAUGAUGUGGAGUGUGAAUAUGGUGUGCAAAACACAAUGUCAAAGACUCGGAUUAAAGAAGGAAGGGAGAAGAAGAGACGAAAGGAAAAUGAGUCAUUGUUGGUGACAAAAAAGGAUUCUUCUCCAGUUCGACUGAAAGACUUCAGUCAUCCCAUCUACAAAGAGAUGUCGUUAAGGAACGGAAGUGUUAACAGGAUGACCAAGAUUGACCUUCAGAAUACUUUGCAAGAACUUGGCCUGAACAGAUUAGGCAGUGCAGAUGUCCUGAAGCGCCGUCUAAAGCACCACUAUUCCAAGGAGUCCCUGAAGAUGGCAGGUCUGUCUACUGAUGUACCUGUCAGGUUUGACUACCUGUGUGUGAUUGAUGUAGAAGCAACGUGUCUGGAGAUCAACCCUGUAGACUACGUUCAUGAGAUAAUUGAAUUCCCCAUUGUUCUGCUCAACACAAAGACGUUACAAAUUGAAGACACAUUUGAUGCAUUUUGUAAGCCUGUUGUCAACCCUCAGCUCUCUAAGUUCUGUUCACAACUCACAAACAUCUCACAGAAAAUGGUUGACAAAGCUGAUACAUUUCCUGUCGUUUUGGAAAAAGCAGAGCGAUGGAUGAAACAGAAGGGCCUUGGAAGUAAACACUCCUUUGCAAUAGCCACAGACUGCUCUUUGGACAUGGACCUAUACCUGAAGCUGCAGUGUCUGGUCAGUGAGAUCACCUACCCCCAGUAUGCCAAGGAAUGGGUGAAUAUCAGCAAGGUCUUUGCCAACCUCUACAAGACCAAACGGUUACCGCUGAGGGCCAUGCUGAACAGUAUCGGACUGGCCUUCAUAGGACAGCCUCAUAGAGGGAUAGACGAUGCCAGGAACAUUGCCAGGAUUGCGUUGCAGCUGAUUGAGGAUGGUGCAGAGAUGAAGUACAAUGAAAAGUUGACAGCGUCGUAGCCAAGGGUUUUCUGGGAGUUAUGGCAUAGAAAGAACCCUUCAUCUGUCUUUGGUCACUGACACGUACCCAGCAAAGGGCUUUCUGGAGAAUUGUAAACUAGGAAGAACUGUUCAUCUGUCCAGGGCAGCUGACACCUUUGUACAGACAGUGGCCUCAGAGGCUCAGAACACUUUAAAGACAGGAAAGAUAGUAGGGCCAAGCUAUUGUGUGUUCACCAUAGUUAUCCCUCCAAACCAGUGUGUACUAUGAGUUGUCUGGUUGCAUGAGGAGUUGUAAUCAAAAUGCAGCUUAAAAAUCUAACGCAACUUGAUUUUCAACCAAUCCGAUGUGUGUACUUGGGAUUUGCAAUAGAUUUUUAGUUGCUUUCAAAUGCAACUGUUCCUGCAACAGACCCACUGGUGCCGCUGUCACUGCAGAAGUUGUUUUUCCCACUUUCAUUCAGAUUUUGUUUAAGGGGAGAGACAAAGAUUCUAUAAAGAACAUUGUUAAAUCAAGGAACAAAUGGAUCUAGGUUUGGUGUUUUUUUAAUGGUAUUAUAUUAAGGUAAAUUGACACUUGGUUUACUGUCACUUUAUGUACAUUCUUUUUGGUCCCAUCCCACAUGGUCUAAUACUAGUUUCUCUACCUACCAUUUGGUCUAAUUGCCGUUUACCAUUUUCUCUUAUUUUGACUUUAGACUAUACCCAUAUCAUAUGAUAUAUGGUUUGAUCAAACAUUUAUGAACCAAUUUUUAGCUCAUCCGGCCCGUAGGGCAAGAUGAGCUUAUGCCGUGGCGUCCGUCAUCUGUCCACAAUUUCAAAAUGCUACUACUGCGCCAUUUCAAGUCCGAGAUUUCACAAGAUGGGGGAAUCAAAACUUCUACACAGAAUUUUCAAAUUCCUUAAAUAUGUUAAUUUAUGCGCAUUUUUCAAAAUUCACAGAAAAUGCUUCUUUAUUUGUUGACCGAUUUUGAAUUUUUUGCUUCCUUUGAACUUUGAACUUUAUUGAAUAAAUACCUUUUGGCCCCGAUUGGGGCAAAUAAAGGCUCAAACAUUUGAACAAAAGUAACAUAUUUACAAAUGGGUAAUAUACAUACUACAUGGUGAGCUAACACUUAAGUAGUUGGGCGACAUGCAGCGGGGCGAAUAGGUCAGAAGUCAAUCGUAACAAACAUGGAUUAUGUAAAAAGGUGGUAUGUAAAAGGUCUAAUAUGAUCUUGAACACCUGACUACUAGUAUUCUGUAACCCACGGCAGGUCACCCAACCACAUUAAGCGCAGUUCAUAUACAUUAUAUGUUGGGUGAAUAUACAAUACUAGAUGAGCAAAAA